ACUGACAGCAGCCGGCCUCUGCCACCUCCCGAGCAGGGACCUCAACACCAGGCCACCGGCGUUACGGGUCCCCUGUCAGGGCGCGGCUGUACCCUCGCAGCCCCUGACAGCCCGAAGACCCGCACCGUGGACCCUCCGGUGGGCGCUGCUGCAGCUGCUCCCGCACCGGGAUCCGCACGACACAGCCGCACUCCCUUCUAUCUCCCGGCCUGUUUCUUAUACAGGGGGAGACCGCCGGCGGAGGGAGAGGCACCAGCCGCCCUCCCCCGAGGCGGAACCUGGGCCAGACCAGCCCAGCCCUGGGAAGGCGCGGCGUCGGGCUGCUUUCGGCCGCGGUCAUGUCGGGCGGAGAGGGUCGGCGGGCGGCAGGCCAUGCCCAUUUGGAUAGCAGACCUACAGUAACCACUACAGAUGGAAAUCAGAACAUCACAGAAGUAGAUGCGCUUGAUGUAAGGCAAACCCUUGAUCCUGCAAUGCAAUACAAAAUGAACCAUCAAAGAAGAGGAAUUGCAUUAAUCUUCAAUCAUGAGCACUUUUUUUGGCAUUUAAAACUGACAGACAGACGUGGCACUCUUGCAGACAGAAACAAUUUAAAAUGCAGUUUGACAGACCUUGGGUUUGAAGUCAGACAUUUUGAUGAUCUGAAAGCAGAAGAUGUGCUGCAGAAAAUUUCUGAAGCCUCCAAGGAUGACCACAGUAAUGCUGACUGUUUUGUUUGUGUGUUCCUGAGUCAUGGCGAGAACGAUCACGUGUAUGCAUACGAUACCUACAUCAAAAUUGAGACAAUCACUGACAUGUUCAGAGGAGACAAGUGCCAGAGUCUGGUAGGAAAACCAAAGAUAUUUAUCAUUCAGGCAUGUCGAGGUGAUAAACAUGAUGACCCAGUUAUUGUUCAGGAUUCACUAGACGGUAGUGAUAAAUCCAUUGUCAAUGAGACUGAAGUGGAUGCAGCUGGUAUCUAUACCCUGCCUGCUGGUGCAGACUUUAUCAUGUGCUACUCUGUGGCACAAGGUUACUUUUCUCAUCGUGAAACUAUAAAUGGCUCCUGGUAUAUUCAAGAUUUGUGCGAGGCACUUAGGAAGCACGGCUCUUCCUUGGAGUUCACGGAACUUCCUACUCUCGUUAACAGGAAAGUAUCUUAUCGCAAAGUGGAUAUGUGCAGAGACAUUAAUGCUAUAGGAAAAAAACAGAUUCCUUGUUUUGCCUCAAUGUUAACUAAAAAAUUGUAUUUUCAUCCAAAAUCUAAGUAGAUUGUCAGUGAAUAAUGACAACCAUUAAUUAGUACUCACUGCAGAGGUGAAAGCCACACCAUCUUAGUUCAGGAGACUAAUAUUCUACAAGAUUGUCUGCAAAAAUGCUGGGAUCAAACGUUAUAGUUUGUAUAUACAAUAGUCUCCAAAAUCUUAAAGCAAGUUUAAAGCUAGUUUUACAGCUCUGUUAAUCUCAGGGAAUUCAGGAAAAGUUGACUGGUGCAAAACUAUUAGGUGCUCAGAUUUUAUGGGAACUGGUACUCUAGAUUACUUUUUUCCUUAAAAGUUUUUUGGUGUCUAACUAUGGCACAUUUUAAUACUUGCAAAACAUUUCAAAUGUUGCUUAGGUUAACUUGCUCCAAGAGCACAGUUGACAGGGAAUAUGUAGGGCAUCUUUUGAAAUUUGUGGGCAGCAGUAUCCACCUUCCAAUUUCUGGGCAUUUAUUGAGCUUUUUAGAUGUUGUUUUUUUCUCUCAACACUAAAGAGGAGCUUAAUUACUUGAGUACAAUUGUAGCAUUAAUACAGAUAUAAGACUGCUUUUUGCUUGCAACAUCAUUUAUGUAUGGGACACAACUACAGCUUGCUGGUGCUUUGUAUCUUAAGGAGAAAAGCAAGCAGUAGUUAAGUGAGACCAUGCUCCACUUGCUUAGUAUGACUUUGGGUAAGCUCACCUUGCACGUAUCUCUAAAGCUGAAGCACAUAAUUUCAAGGUUCCAGGCUUACUUACAACUUCUGGUAAUCUCUAGGCAGCUCUGCAAAAUACUAUAUGUGCAAGCCUUUAUACUAAAGACCUUGGUGCUGUAUCAGCCUUUUCCUCUUCUUGGCCUCAGAGGAGAUCAGCCAUACGGUCACUGUGUACAUAAAAGUGAUGGUGCACUUGUCACCACAGGACAUUUCAGCAUGGGAUUGUUACUACUGCAGCAUCAGCAGUAGCUCAAUGAUACUGACUGAAAGCAAAUAUUCUUUUUAUUAUUUUUUACAUUAUUGGUACAUAUGCCUAACCCUGGGGGACAGUGGAGAACUCAAGAAAAGUGUUUUAAUCCACUUUCCUGGCUCUAAAGUAAUUGAUUUAAUGGCUCUGCUUCAGUUAAAUCUUUCCAUAUACCAUGUCCUGGCUCAUAGAUGUUAAGUCUUCCUAUGACUAUUUUUAAGCUUUGUAUAAAUCAUGUAUGUCUGAUUUUUUUAUAAAUUCUUUCAAUAAAAUACAACCGUGAAACAAAUUA